UAAUUAGCUUGCGAUAUCAUGGCGUCUGUGGUGUCCAAGAACUCGCCGCCGGCGAGGCACGAGGACGGCGUCGCGGCGCCGCCGGCGCUGGACAAGGACGCCGUGCUCCGCCGCAUCCGCCACCGGAGGCGGGCGAACCGCCUCCGCGAGUCGCUGCAGUCGCUUCUCCUGACGCAGCAGGCGGCGGCGCCGCCGCCGCCACCGCCGGAGACGGCCGACAAGGACGGCGAGCGACUCGCCUGGCUCGACGACGCCUUCUCGUCGCCGUAGCUACCCAGCUAGCUAGUAGCUCGUGCACUGCAGCAGCAUUGUCCGUUGAUUGUUGUAUAGAUCACAGAUCACAACCAUGAUGGAAUCAUGGUCAUGGAGGAUGAGGCAUGCAUGCAUGCAUAAUUGGAUAUGAUGCCCAUGCCUCCAUGGUGAUCACCAAGAAUAAUGGGAAGUAAUUAGCAACAUAAUUAUCAGGGGCUUAAUUCGUGGAUACUUUGUUUAUGCUUUUCUAGCUAGCUAGGAGUAUAUUUUUCUAUAUGGAUGAUGAAUGGAUGGUGGCAAUAUGGUGCAAGAAUUCAUGCUUGGUUAUGCUGGAUUUAUGGUUGGUGUAGUGCUCAAAGAUAAGCAAUCGAUGUCUAAUUGAUGUAAUUCGGUG